AUGUGCGGCGGAGCUGUUAUCGCCGACUUCGUCCCGGCCGGGGCCCGCCGCCCGGAUGGCUCCUCCGCCGACGUCCCCGGCUCCAUCCUCGCCGGUGGGGAGGUGAAGGAGAAACCGCUGGCGCCGGGGCGGAAGACGGCGUACCGUGGGAUCAGGCGCCGGCCAUGGGGCCGCUGGGCUGCGGAGAUCCGGGACCCCACGAAGGGCGCGCGCGUCUGGCUGGGCACGUACGCCACCGCGGAGGAGGCCGCGCGCGCCUACGACGUCGCGGCGCGCGAUAUCCGCGGGCCGAAGGCCAAGCUCAACUUCCCGCCCGCGGUGGGCGCGCCGCAGGCGGCCGCGGCCGUGGAGGGGCCGGGGGCGCCCAAGAAGCGUCGGUGGGUCGCUGCCGAGGAGAGUUCGGCAUCUUCGUCUCCCCUUCCGGUCACAGCUGCCGGCGGCACGGAGAGCCUGCGGGAGCGCAUGUCCGGGCUGGAGGCGUUCCUGGGGCUGGAGGACGACGACGUGGAGGCCUGGGGGGCCGUCGAUCUCAUCUUGGAUUAG